GUAAUAUGUUUGUGGAGUUGCCCCAAAAAACUAUUCCAUAACGUAGAAUAGAAGCGACGUAUCCAUUGUAAGCUGUAAGAACUGUCGUCAAAUACCUAUCUACUUAUCAACUCUCGAUCAAUCACGUCAAGCUUGAAUAGCUACCGGAACAAUAAUCCAAAUGGCUAUCUAGUGGUAUUAUCGAGGUGAUUUAAUUAUUUUGAUUGUGUGUUUACUUAAUUUCGGUAUUCCUCUUUAAAUCGGCAGUUGAUCGGGCUUCGUGGCCAGUGAAGUCGGAUCUUCUGAAACUCCCGUCUGAACAUCAAAAUGACUGAAGACAGAAAAGACAGCAGUGCCAAUGGUCAUGCCGUGCCGAACGGAAUCUCAACGGAGAAGGCCAUAGACUUGGACUAUGUGCUGGUGAACGAGCUCGGCCAGUUCGGGCGGUACCAGCUCAUCAACACGCUGCUCAUUUCGAUCCCAUUGAUCAUGUCGGCGUUUAUGAGCGAAUUCAUAUUUGGCGCGGCUGCCAUUCCUCACAGAUGUCGUAUCCCAGAAUGUGGGGAGUACAGCAAGCGGAACAAGUUCAGUCCCGAAUGGGUCCUGGACGCGAUCCCCGCCAGCAACACCAUCCCCUCCGGCUUCGAGAACUGCGAGCGGUUCCCUUCAGUGGGCAACGGGACCCUCGACGUGUGUCCCGCCUACCUCUUCGACCAGGACAGAACUGUCGGCUGCGAUAGCUUCGUCUACGCGAGAUCCGAAUCUGUCGUCUAUGAAUUUGACCUGGCGUGCCAGGAGUGGAUGCGCGCGCUGGCAGGCACGCUGAACAGCGUGGGCACGCUGCUGGUGCUGCCCAUCACGGGCUACGUGUCCGACCGCUUCGGCCGCCGCGUGGCGCUCAUCAUCAGCGUCUUCAACAUGGCCACCUUCGGCCUGAUCCGCGCUUUCUCCGUCAACUACCCCAUGUACCUUGUGCUCCAAAUCGUGCAAACCACAUUAGGAGCUGGUACUUUCAGCUCAGCCUAUAUUUUCGCCGCAGAGUUGGUAGGCCCUAAAUACCGCGUGGUGGCUAGUGCCACGUCUACCUCUAUGUUUGCUGUGGGUCAAGUCAUCCUCGGAGCUACAGCUAUGGGGAUCGACAACUGGCGGUACCUGCUGAUGGUGCUCAACAUUCCUAUCUUCCUCGUGUUGUCUUACUACUGGCUCCUCCCUGAGAGCGUGAGGUGGCUUCUGUCCAAGGGGAAAUUCGAAGAAGCCAGGGUGGUACUUGAAAAAGUAGCUCGUGUUAACAGAAAACAGAUCAGUGAAAAGUCUAUGGCCGCGUUGAUGAGUCCACCAUCACCACCUCCAACAACAGGCUCUGUUCAGGAGAAUGACUCCUUGUUGAAAAGUAUAAUGAAGUCCAAAAUCCUUCUGCGGCGAGUGCUGACCACUCCUAUCUGGUGGAUCACCACCACAUUCGUGUACUACGGCCUCUCCAUCAACUCCACCAGCCUCUCCGACCAGAUGCACCUCAACUACAUGCUGACGGUGGGCAUUGAGAUCCCUGGCUUCUACAGCGCCGUGCUCGUGCUGGAUAGAAUAGGAAGGAAACCCACUCUGUGUGGUGGUUUCUUUUUAAGCGCGGCAUGCAACUUUGCUUUUGCAUUCAUUCCAUCUGAAAUGACCGUCCUAAGGCUGGUAAUAUUCCUGCUGGGCAAGUUCGGCAUCGCUCUCGUGUUCACGUCUCUGUACCUGUUCACGUCGGAGCUGUACCCCACGCAGUACCGCCACAGCCUGCUCGCCUUCUCCUCCAUGAUCGGCAGGGUCGGCUCCAUCACCGCCCCUCUCACUCCUGUACUGACGCAGUACUGGCACGGCAUCCCGUCCAUGAUGUUUGGCUCCAUGGCAAUGCUGUCGGGCGUGCUGGUGCUGACGCAGCCCGAGACGCUCGGCACAAAGAUGCCCGACACCCUCGCCGAGGCCGAGGCGCUGGGCCGCAGCUAAACCAAAGACUGACCACGACUAGGUUACGUAAAAUGAUGCAGCUACUGAUACUGAAGAGAUAGUAAGAUUUCAUUGUAAAGCCUGGUCCGUUAGCUCGUAGAAUUUUGUCCAAUGACCCCAAGCUACCCAUCCUUAUCGCUCGCGCGUAAUUAUGUUGCUGUCGCGCUCGCACACUCGAAACGUGCUCACGGACCAGGCUUUAGAAAAUACGGCAGAAACCUGCUGUCAGAUUGCUAAAAGAUAUUUAAGAUAGUUAAUAAUAAUUCGUAUAGGUACAUGUUUUAAGAUGUAAAUAAAAUAGUAGGUAAUUUAAUUGUAAAUAUUAGCACUAUUUAUGUUUAAUUUAUGUAAUAAAUAAUUAUUUUACUCUUAGUCGAUAAGAAGGCUGAAUCGGUCUAUAAAUAAAAUGAGACGUUACCAAAAGGA